UGCAUGUGCUGCUCCCAUCCGGCACGGGAUCGAAGGCCGUAAAUAUCCCGGCACGAUUUCUUGUAACAGGGCCUCGUUUCCGUCCCGUCUCAUCUCUCAACCUCUCACUCUCCGUCUUUCGGAGCAACAAGAGGGUUGAAGGUGGACCUAGAGAGGCAGAGUUGGAGGCGGCGUGUACGGAGAACGACCGGGAUUUGUCUCAGGAGGAGGAGGAGGAGGAGGAGGAGGAUGGCCGACAAAGCGGCGGUGGGAGUGGCGGACGACAUGGGGGAGAGCAUGCAGUGCGUGGACCACCCGUACCGUAGCAAUCCGGGCGGGGUGUGCGCCAUCUGCUUGCAGGAAAAGCUGGGAAAACUGGUCUCCUCCUCCAAGUCCACCCCUUUCCUCCCCCUCCAGCCCUCGCCUUCCUCCUCCACCUCCUCCCGCACCUCCUUGUCCGAUGUCGGCGCUGGGUCUGGCGGUGCCGCUGGGCUCGCCUCUGUCUAUUCACGCCACGGCGCGAUCGUGGACGACGGCCGACGGACGAAGUUCCCUUACCUGUCAGCUGACUAUAGCAAGAAGAAGAAAGGCAGCGGCGGCGGCGGAGGUAGUUACGCGAACGGCGCAAGGAAGUUGGUAUCGAAUGGAACUGGUCACGCUACCGCUUCCGCCGUGAUGGCUAACGGCGGGGGGUUGGUUUUGAAACGGAGCAAGUCUGUGGCCACGAGGACGUCCGGAUCGUCCCUUGCGCAGGUUGGUGUUGGCCGCGGUAAUGGAGACGCCGCCAUCGCAGAUAGUCCUCGGAAGAAGAGCUUCUGGUCUUUCCUCUACCACUCUUCUGUUUCUUCCACCUCCAACUCUUCUUCCUCUGCUGCCAAUGGGAACAGCAACAGGCGCAGAUCCACCUCAUCCUCUUCGGGGGGAGGGUGCGAAGGAGAAGUCAACAAGCAGCUGCAACCGCCGUCAAAUAAGUUGGAAGCAGCGACCGCCAGGCAAUCAGGGGAAAACGGUGGCGUGGAGGAUGCCGAGAGUCCAAGCGGCAGCCAAGCGUCAUCCUCAUUCGGAAGGAAGGUGUCGAGAUCCAGGUCAGUGGGAUGCGGCAGCAGAAGUUUCUCGGGCGACUUCCUUGAGCGCAUCUCCACGGGCUUUGGUGACUGCACGCUGCGGAGGGUGGAGUCCCAACGCGAGGCCAAGCCCAAGACCGCCCUCCAACUCGACCACAAUAAGAGCAACGACGACGACCCACAACAUAUGUUGAAGGAGAGGAUCAAAUGCGGAGGUUUCUUCCCGGGAUUCGGGAUGAUGUCGGCCUACUGGCUCUCCCCUGCGCCUCACGACGACGACUAUGACACCGGUAGCAGGGUCUCGGCCUCAACCCCUGCGUCGAAAGCAAGCGUCGCGCCUCAUGUGCGAACCAGGACCUGGAGCUUUGCCUUCGCCAGCCCAAUGAGAGCCUUCCGGCCUUAUUCUUCCUCCUCCAGGUCGCUGUACACCAACGCCGGCACGUCUACUGUGCCGGCGACCAACUUCAUCUCCUCGAUCAAUGCCAGCAACAAGAUAAUCAAUGGCCACGGAGGCGGUGGCAACCAAAGCAAGCUUGGGGGUGAAACAUCCUUCCUCGCCGUGCAGAGCUAGUUCAUCCCUUCCGUUCGAUCACCCGAUAACGUCUACAUUUGCUCGUCUGUUUUACUCUUAUUUACAAGAACCAGCUCCAAGUCUCCAGUGCUUUUUCACGCUCGCCCCAUUUUGUUUUCGACAUCAGUAGACUGUACUGCUUUGUAUUAAAUCGUGUUUUUAUGCAAUUGUUUGGUGAAAACCA